UAUAAAUAUAAACCUCUUCUUUCUUAUAUGGUUGGAUUUGGGGGAGGCACCUAUACAUAUAUACAUACAUACAUAUAUAGCACUCUACUACAUGAGCCAAAUCUUCUUCUUCAUUAUUAAUUUGGAAAAAUAAUACAUAUAACCAUGGGAAGAUCUCCUUGUUGUGAUGAGAGUGGUCUUAAGAAAGGCCCUUGGACCCCUGAAGAGGAUCAGAAGCUUGUUAAGUUUAUUCAAAAGAAUGGUCAUGGAAGCUGGAGAGCUCUCCCUAGACUUGCAGGGCUAAACAGAUGUGGGAAGAGUUGUAGAUUGAGGUGGACAAACUACUUGAGGCCAGAUAUCAAAAGGGGGAAAUUUUCUCAAGAAGAAGAAGAAACCAUACUCAAUCUUCACUCCAUCCUUGGAAACAAAUGGUCAGCAAUAGCUAGCCACCUACCAGGGCGUACGGACAAUGAAAUAAAGAACUUUUGGAACACCCACCUGAAGAAAAAGCUGAUCCAAAUGGGGAUUGAUCCAAUGACUCACCGUCCUCGUACUGACAUAUUUUCAAGUUUGCCUCAUCUCAUAGCUUUAGCCAAUCUCAAGGAGCUUAUGGAUCAUCCUUGGGAAGAACACGCUGUCAGAAUCCAAGCCGAAGCUGUUCAAAACAUGGCCAAGCUUCACUACUUACAGUACCUUCUUCAACCACCUAAUAAUAACAACAACAACAAUCUCAACACUUCUGACAUCGAAACCAUCAACCUUCUCAACUCCUUAUCUUCUUCAUUCAAAGACAACAACAACAACAACAGUACCCAAACUGUUUUUGAUUCUCCUCAUGAUCUGUUCCAAAACCCAAUUACUACUACCACCACUCAUCAUAAUGACCUUAUUCUUCAAUCUCUCCAUGAUUCAUCACUCUCUUUUGCUCACUUGCCUGACUUGAAAAUCCCAUGUAGUAAUGAUCAUAACAACAACAACAACCAGGAUGAUGAGAGGUCACCACUACACAACAAACAAAUGGCUAAUAACGAUCAAGUACUUUCAGUAGACACGGCAAUGUUCAGCCUUAAUACUAAUAAUAAUACUAAUAACAACCAAUUAUUGGUAGGCCAAGAUGAGAUGAUCUUCUCAUCAUCAUCAUCAUCAACUGCUUGGCUUCCUCCUUCUGCUUGUACUACUCCCUCUCCACCUUCCGGGGCGGCGGCUGCUGGGAUCACUACCACCCCAAAUACUACAGUACUAGAGAAUAAUCAGAGUGCCUAUGGUUGCAUUAUUAAUUCAAGCUAUGGAGAUCAUGAAGUGACCCAUUCUGUUUGGCCUGAUCACCUCCUUGAUGACUCUUUAUUUCAGGACUUUGCCUAGCUAUAUAUAAUACUAUAAAUUAAGUAGACUUCUGUUUGUUUCAUAUAUAAGCACCCCUUUUAAUUUUUUUGUUCUUUUCUUUAUUUGCCCUGAGAAACUGCUAUCACUAUCACUAUUACUUACUAUUGUGUAUUAUUAUGUCAUAUAGUAUUGUUCAUAUUAUAUAUGUGUACAAUAUAUAUAAAUCCUUCAGGAUGCAUAAGAUAUAGAUUUGUUGAUGAGUUUUUAUGCAUGAGUUUGUUUGAAUGCUAUUUAGCUAUGGAUAAAGCUAAAUAUAUAGAAAAAAACUUUUGAAUCUCCAUUAUAUAUAGUUUUGUUCAUAUA